AGGUAGAUGAAGGAAGAAUGACGGGUGGCUUUGAGGAGGGGCAGGAGUCUCCUCUCCUCCUCCCCUACCCACAUGUUGAACAGGCUUGCUCUUAAAUGCAAGGAGCCUCACCUGGCCAAUAUAACAAUGCUCUGGGCUGGGCUCUUGGUCUUGGUCUCCCUGGCUGUGGCCCUCCUAUGGUGGUUUCAGGGGGGGCUGAGAUGGAGGAAGCAACCGUGGGAGCUCCCGGGGCCUUCGCCUUGGCCCUUAGUGGGGAAUCUCCCUCACUUGCUGCAUGCCGACCUGCCAGCCCACUUCCUCCAGUUAGCCCAGCAUUAUGGACCCAUCUACCGCCUCCGGUGUGGAAAGAAAGUUGUGGUUGUGUUGAACAGCUCUGAAUUAAUUCGGGAGGCUUUGAUGCGAAAAUGGUCUGACUUCGCUGGACGACCUCAUAACUUUCUGGCCCACUUGAUUUCCAAGGGAGGCAAAGACCUCUCGCUGGGGAACUACACACCGACAUGGCGCUUGCAACGCAAACUCACCCACAUGGCCUUCCAGCGUUGCCUGCGAGGAGACAUGGAGAAGAUCGUGCAGGAUCAGGCUCAACACCUCUCCAAGGUUUUCCACAGUUACAAUGGACAGCCUGUGGAUGUGGCACAGGUCUUUUCUCUGCAUGCUUGUGCAGUCAUCUCCAACUUGAUAUUUGGGGCUGCGGACAUUUCCGCCAUCAAAGAAAUGCAUAACUGUAUGAUCGAGCUGGUUGAAAAUUGGAGUUCUGCUUCCAUCCAGAUUCUGGAUUUUCUUCCCAUCUUCAGGGUGUUUCCCAACCCCACUUUGCGGCAUCUGCUCUCCUGUGUCAAAACCCGGGACGCCUUGAUCCAAAGCCAGAUGAAGAAACACCAGGAGUCAUGUAGCCCUUCCGAGAUCCAGAACAUGCUGGAUGACAUGCUGCAGCUUCUGCGUGACCAUGGUACUGAAAAAUGGGGGGAGACUGGCCUCUUGUUGGAUCACGUCCACAUGGCCAUUGUUGACCUGCUUAUUGGAGGCACGGAGACCACAGCAACCCUGCUCACUUGGGCUAUUGCCUUCCUGGUGCAUCGCCCUGAGAUUCAGAAGCAGAUCCACCAAGAGUUAACCACUGUCAUUGGAUCCCACCGUGAUCCGACCUACAGGGAUCAGGAGCAGCUGCCUUACCUCCGAGCCACCCUCUGGGAGACUCUGCGCCUACGUCCAUCAGCACCCCUGGCUCUGCCCCACAUGACCAUCCGCAACACCAGUCUGUCUAGUUCACUAAAGAGGUCCAAGAAAUGGACAAAACGUUUAAAAGAUCAAAUUGGGAAGUCAUUUCCCACAGCUGUUGGGCCAGAAAAGCAGAACAAAGGCCGGGUGUGA